AUGGCGUACCAAAACAACCGCGGAUACGCGACACAAAUGCGAAACACAAUGGGCUCCAACAUCCCAGGCAUUGCCUCUUCUUCUGCCGGACAAUCCCCUGCACUGCUGGCCCGGAUCAACGAGAAGCGCGCCGAACUGGACAAUCUCAGGCAAUUGCGUGAUCUCAGCGCAGGACUGGCGCAGGAGAUGCAGACGCUGGAGAGUAAACUUGCUACGUUGUCGGAUGGGACUGAAGUGAAAAUACCAAAACCCAAAGACGAAGAAGAAGACGAACAGCAGCAGGCGCUAAAAAGAGCGACAGGAGCAAAUGUCCCGCUUCCGCAGACGCUGGUCCGGAUACCUACGCAGCAACAUACGACGCAGCCUGGCGCGCAGGAACCAGUGGAGGAAUGA